AUGGAUAAAGGGAAGAAGAUGCAACUCAAGAGAAUGUUUGGAUAUUGCUGGGGCACAAGUUUUUAAAUCAUUAAUAUAAUUGGUAUAGCACUUUUUGUGGCCCCCAAAGGGAUAUUGAAGUACUUUUGCAUGAAUGUGGGGCUCUCCCUGUGUAUUUGGGCUGCUUGUGGCCUGUUGUCAAUGAUGACCACUCUCUGCUCAGCAGAGAUAGGUAUAACCUUCCCACACAGCAGAGCUCACUACUAUUUUCUCAAAAGAUGUUUCGGCAACUUGAUCUCUUUCCUGAAUCUCUGGACAGCUUUGUUUCUGGGGCCAGGGUUAGCUGCCAGCCAAGCCCUACUCCUCGCUGAGUAUAGCACUGAACCUUUUUAUCCCAGCUGCUCUGCUCCAAAGCUGCCGAAGAAAUGUCUGGCGCUAGCCAUGUUGCGGACUGUGGGACUUCUGAAUUCUCGCGGUGUGGAAGAGGUGACUUGGCUUCAGACAGCCAGCCUAGUGCUGAAAACGGCCCCACUAGGCCUUAUUUCCCUGAGUGGAGAGGUCCUGCUGUUGAGAGGAAGGAAGAGCUUUCAGAACUCUUGAUACUGAGUUUCCAGAAGCCUCUGGUUUAUAGACGCUGUUUUCCAAGGAUAUUUUGCGUUCUCAGGUGGGGGAUGUUUUACAUUUAUAGCAGGGGAGCUGAAGAAACCCAGAAAGAUAAUUCCAAGAUGCAUUUUUACUGCUUUACCUCUGGUGACUGUCAUUUAUCUACUGGUUACUAUUUCCUACCUGCCUGUUCUGACACCCAAGGAAAUUCUCUCUUCAGGUUUAUAUGCAAAUGACUAAGGCAAUAAAUAAUAAUGACCGUUCUGGAUAUCAGUAUCACUUUACCAAAUGUACUGCGGUUUGUUUUUCAUUAUUUUAUAUAGAGAAUCAACUUGUAAUUCUCAAAAAUA